AUGUCCGCGCUCCUCGCCCGUCUGGGGCCUCUGGAGAAACGAAUUGCCGCUCAGACAACAUGGAAGUACUGCAAGAGAAAGAGACAGUCAAAUUGGGUGUGUGCAGGGUGCACAGCCAGGAGAGAUUCGGCGUUCAAGCAACAACGCCGAAGUUACGGCGACGACAGUCUAAGGUUCACGGACGGCGGCGGGAGCGUCCUUUUCCCAGGGGAAGGAGAGCACGAGCACAAUGAUGACAAGAAAGCGCGACAGAACACGAAACCUGAGAGUUGGACGGGUAGCUCAUGGGAAUUUGAGAAUCAGGGGAAAAAAGAGCUUGGUUCGCAACGCAUUCAAGAUGGCCCGGAGUCACGGACAUUUCAAGAGGGUGCAUUUGAGAGCUCGUAUACACCCUUGGGUGCGAACGAGAGGGACGAAGGAGAGCAGGACUUGGAGCAAGAUGGCCUUUGGGAGCCGUUCGAACCUUUCGAUGGUAGACAAGAGCCCGGCACUUCGGAUAGCGUUUUUGCUGCGGAUGGCUUCAAUGCGCCCGAUCCAAGGGACAUGCUCGACAUCGACUACCGAGCGAAGCUUUCUGACGCUCUCCUGCAGGAAGAAGCGGACGUGGUAGCACGCUGCCUCUUUGCAGCGUACCAGGCCAAUGACCUAGACUUCCUGCGGAGCAUACCUCCCACGACAUACUCGGAAAUUAUCCGCCUGCUAGAGCCCUCCCACUUUGUUGCAAAAGUCGGCCGUGUUCACGUGGAUUUCAGCUCUAAAACAGCCGCCGAGAUUGGACUCAUGUCGAUGCACAAAGUUGCUCGGGAGUACGUUUCCGUUCUCCAGAGUGUCCUUGGGGUCAGACGCUCGGUCGGGAUUGCGCCUACAUUUGCUGAUUACACGAUUCUACUGCGCUCUGCUCGCGAUCUUGGAAACUCAAAGAUGGGCUCCUUCGUAUGGCACGCGCUUCUCAAUGAUGGACACGUGCCGAACACCAUGUGCUACAAUUAUUAUAUGUCGGCGGUCGUUUGGAAUGGCAUCCAUUCCGCUGGCUCGAGACAAACGGUCCGAGUUAUCCCGUACAACAUGGAGGGACGCGCUCGCGAAAAGAGACGCUCGAAGUUUUGGAACUAUCGGGUAGGAGAAGGAGGAGUGCGACAACAGACAAUGGAGAUAUUCAACAAGAUGCUUACCAAUGGAGUCGUCGCCGAUGAGGAGAGCUAUAGAAUCCUAAUUACCGCGUCUGCGAGAGAAGGAGACCUUGCCACAGCCAAGUCUGUACUAAAACGGGUAUGGGGCAUCGACGUGGAAGGGAUAAUGGCAGGGACGGAUGAAAAAUCAAUCCCGCCAAAGCAGAUUCCAGAACACUCGCCCAUGAGGCCGACGGAGGAUCUUCUCUUAACCAUUGCCGACGCAUUCAGUAUCAACAAUGAUAUCCCGAGUGCUUUGCGCCUCGUCGACUUUGUGGCUCGACAUUUCGGUCUCGCCAUAACCAGUGAUGUCUGGGCUCGGCUUCUCCAAUGGACCUUCAUACUCUCCCUACCCCGUACUGGAACAGACAGGCUCGGCCGCCGCACGACCGGUCAGCUGCCGCUUAGCAGCGUCUUGAGCCUUUGGAACCUUAUGACAGGACCGCCGUAUUCUGUCAAACCGACAAUGAGCAUGUACCGUUACUUGAUCAAGAAUAUCUUCCAUCGCCAGUCGAGUGACUGGCUUGCGGACAAGAUUAUCGCGGCCGAACCGCUUGUAAGAAGUUCUCGAGAAAUGGCAGGUAAAAGGUUGAGAGACGUUCAAGGUUAUACUCGUGCCAGGAGCAAGGGGUUUCUGCGUAGAUCACAGGAGCCUAGAUCACUGGAGCGUCUCCGCAACAGCUGGCAAUUCGCUGAUCUGAUUCGCCGACGAGACAUUCUUUGGCUGAGGCGGUGGGUACGCCUUUAUCUGGGGACUGUGAAUCGCAACGGCGCAAGAGAUACUCGGCGUCAGCAUUCCGCGUACAGACUUCCCCUCCUACUGUGGCAGUGGCGUGCAAUACUACCUGAGAGAAUCGAGUAUGAGACACCGACUGGAUUCGUCAUGUUCCGCAUCAGAAGCGAGGAAGAGAUUGUAGCAAGCCACAAGAGAAGGCUCUAUCUGAAAGAGCUGAGAGCAUAUCUGCUGGCCGCUAUUCCGAAGUAUAUUGGGCAUCAAUGGUUCGACCGACCGAAAAGUGGUGGAAUUCCCAAGCGUCUGAUGGAACAUCUGAAGGCGGCCGAUGAGAUGCUCAAUACUGAUGCGAGAAGCGCGAAGACUUGA